GAGACCAACAGAAAUAUACUCUCGUGUAAUCAGUGCAACUAUAAUUAAACUAAUCCCUGCCCAGUCCCAAUAAUUCAAUACACAAACCUCCACAGUUCUCAAAUACGAACAAAACGAGUAUCAUCAGACGAGGCGAGCUCACAGUACACAAUACAAAACAAGCCGCCACGAUGCUUGGGCGGCUGCAGUUUAAAUGCCCGCGCCAGGGCAAUUGUGCCCAGCGGAUUGGUCGGCCAGGAGAGGAUGCAGGGGAAUGUCAUGCCAAUCCCAGCCCUCUUGGCUUCCAGGCUCCGGUGUCAUCGGGACCAUACCUUCUCAGCUGAGACCCAAUAUUUCACUGGCAACCGCACACCUGGACUUACAUAGGGGAAACACUACACACAAGAGACCUGCUGGGGCGAAGCGGCGGCGGCCGUAACAGGGGUUGAGGCGUACUCUUCCCAGAAGGAACAGGGCAAAGACGAGGCAGAUCAGAUUUGCUGCCAAUGACAUGGGUCGAGCUGCAGCGGAUGCAAUCUCUCAGGAGAGCUUCACCAAAAAGUUCAGAGCUUACAAAAUCCACAAAGAAAGACCAGGGACAUUUUACCCUUUUGCCUUCCCUGACAUCAUGGGCAUUGAAAAGGAUACUAACAAAGGAGCUCGUGUGGAAGACAUCAAACUGGCCAUGAGUGGACACAUACAAGAUGGUUACAAUUUCAAUCCGGUCUCUAAAAUUUCUGAGGAUGAUCACAAAUACAACAAAAUCCCAACUCUGAAUGACCAAGUUCACGUUCUGGUUUGUGUCGUCUCUGCCACCACAUCAAAUAUACUGAGUGCUGAAACUGUGACAAAGAUGAGGCAGGUCAGACUGGCAGCCAGGGACAUGGGGAUUCCACAACUGGCUAUUCUCACCAAAAUUGAUGAAGCUUGUCCAGAAGUCAGCGCAGACAUAAAGAACGUCUACAGGAGCAAGUACCUGAAGGAAAAGAUGGAGGACUUGAAUAUGGCACUGGGCAUCCCACUGAACUGCAUCUUUCCUGUGAAGAGCUACCACUCUGAGAUCGACACGGAUGAUGACAUUGAUACUCUGAUACUGAGUGCACUGAGACAGAUUAUUCACUUUGGAGAAGACUUUGUCAACAAUCUGUAG